AUGAAUUCAAAAAAACAACAAAACCCUGAUAAUUUAAAUUCACCUGAUGAAAAUUUACCAUCUUGGAUUAAGAAAUUUAAACUUCAACAUGGAUUGGUUAUUGAUGAAAGGGGUGUAAAAAAAGGAAAUAUUCAACCUAUCCAACCUUUUAGUUCUUCAUCAAAUCCCAAAACUAAUAAAAUUAAUCCAACUGAUUCUAUAAAAACCAGCUUGACAAUCACAAAUUCAUCAUUACAUUCUUAUAUUUUAAAAAGCAAUGUUAAAGUUAUUAAUGAUGAAAUGAUAAAGUUCUUUAGCCAAGAAGUUCCUUUUAUUAAUUUGAAAGUAAAAGAUUCAUGGAAUUUAGAAUCUAAACAAACAGUUCAUUAUGAGAUUAGUAGUCAACAAAUUGAAUUGACUUUUGAAAAUUUUGUACCAUCAGAUGAAUUAAUUAAAGCUGUACGUGAGGCUUUAGAUACAGAAAAUCCUUAUCAUGAACUUGAAAUUAUAUUUAAUGAAUAUGGACAUUUAUUAUGUAAAAAAACCAUACUAGAAAAUUUAUUUACAAAAAGAACAAUUGAAAAACCAAUAGAUCCAUUAAGCAUAAAUAACAAUGAAGAACUUGAUGAAAUAUUAAAAGAAUGGGAUGAAAUUCAUAGGAAGAUUAAUUUUGAUAAUAAAUUUUUUUUUAACAUAAAUGGACAUACAACAAAAAGAAACUCAGUAAUUGAAUGGAUAAAAAUAAUGCCCGAAAAUUCAAAAAUUUGGGAUGUAAUUUAUUAUGCUGAUCUAAUUCCAUUAUAUAAAAUUUUAGAAGAAUCAUUACAAAAAGGAAUUGAACUUCUUUUCAAAGAUCAAACAUUAAUGAUGGAUUCAAUUAAAAUUGAAGAUAAAAAUAAAAAAUAUUACAGAGUUGUUUUUAAAACUCCUUUGAAAAGUGAUAAAUAUCAAAUUUAUGGAACCAUUUUUAAUGAAAAUUCUGAAAAAUGUUCUGAUAUUAUCAUUAAAUUUAAAUAUUUUGAUCAAUAUGGAUUUUCAAUAAUCAUUAAAAAGUUUGAUGAAAAUCAAAAUGAUGUUUCUCAUAUUAUAUGGGCAAUGGUUGGUUCUCCUGCAGAAAUAGGAUUUUAUAGCAAAAACACCAGAGAUUUAGAAAUGAUUAAUAGUGAAGAGGAACUUCCUUCACCACAAUUAUCCAAAUCAUUAUCAUCUUCUCCAAUUAGUCAAGAUAGCAAAGAAACAAAUGAUGAGCCAAACAAUGGAAUAAUCAAUGAAAACAAAGUAACUAUUGAUAAAUCUAAGGAUAAUUGGUCAGGAUGGCUUGAUGAGGCAAUUCAGAAAGAACACAUUAAUUUUUAUGAAUAUGGUAGUAGGUUUAAAAAUAUUCAAAAAAUUGGUUCAGGUGGUUCUGGAAAAGUUUAUAAGGCAACAUUGGAUAAUAGCAGUAUUUGUGCCUUGAAAUCCUAUAAAUAUGGUAUAACAAAUAUGAAAGAAAUUACUAAUGAG